CAUGCCGGCCAAGCUAUUCUCGGUUCUAUUAGCGAGUCUCCGCGGGUGUCUUAUCUGCUGUACUGUGGACUUUAAGAAUUACAUCCUAGAAUGACAAGGGCUUUAUAUACCUGAACGCAUGAAUUCAGUUGCUAACUAAAUUACAGGAGUUGUCGUUCACGUGUCCGUUUCUUGUUGAUGUCUACACGGAGAACAAAAGCCAGCAAGUCGUUUUAAAUAGUGACCUAGAACCAACCAACCAAAGCAAGCUACUAGUUUCCGUUGUUUACCGGUUUUUAUUUGUUGUGUCCAAACCAUGGCUAUAUCUAAAUCAAAAAUUGCAUUAGGUCUUUCAGUUGCAGGAACUCUUACAGUUGUUUUUGGGAUCAUUCUUGUAUUUGUCGGACCUAUCAUUAUUGAUGACCAAAUUGUCAAGAAUGUGGAGAUCAACCCUGCGAACGAAAUGUCCUACACUAUGUGGAAGGACAUCCCCGUGCCGUUCUUCAUGUCGGUGUACUUUUGGAACGUACUGAACCCUCAAGAAAUUUUGAAUGGCGAGAAGCCUAUGGUGGAACAGAAGGGACCAUACGUUUACAGUGAGAAGAGAUGGAAGGACAACAUCACGUUCCAUGCCAACAACACUGUGUCCUACCGCGAAUACCGACGGUACUUUUUCGAGAGAGACAUGUCGGUGGGAAACGAGUCGGACGUCGUCACCAUCCCCAACAUGCUGGUGCUGGGAGCAGCGGUCAUGAUGGAGGAUAAGCCCAUUCCUGUGCGCAUGAUGGUCAGCGCCACCUUCAAGGUCUUUAAGGAGAGUGCGUUUCUCACCAAGCCUGUAGGAGAGCUGAUGUGGGGGUACGACAGCAAGCUGGUGGACUUCCUCAACACCUUCUUCCCAGGCAUGCUGCCCCCGGGAAAGUUUGGCCUCUUCUCUGAGUUCAACAACUCCAACACAGGCCUGUUCACAGUGUUUACUGGACAGGACGAUAUCCGCAAGGUGCACAAAGUCGACUCCUGGAACGGUUUGAAAGAGGUGAACUACUGGCAGUCGGAACAGUGCAACAUGAUUAACGGCACAGCUGGCCAGAUGUGGCCUCCGUUUAUGACGACGGAGUCCACCCUGCCUUUUUACAGUCCAGAUGCCUGCAGGUCGAUGGAGCUGGUCUACCAGAGGCCGGGAAGCGUGGGUGGUGUUCCUGUGUAUCGCUAUGUGGCUCCCUCGACCAUCUUCGCCAACGGGAGCGUCUACCCCCCCAACGAGGGCUUCUGUCCCUGCAGGCAGUCAGGUCUCCUCAACGUCAGCAGCUGUAGACAAAACUCUCCAGUGUUCAUCUCUCAGCCGCAUUUCUACAACGCUGACCCGGUUCUGCUUGGCACAGUGUUUGGUCUCAGUCCCAAUGAGGAUGACCACGGCCUCUUCAUCGACAUCCAUCCCGAGACUGGAGUACCCAUGAACGUGUCUGUCAGACUGCAACUCAAUAUACUGAUGAAGGCGGUGUUUGGAAUCACUGAGACAGGCAAGAUUUCGGAGGUGGUGAUGCCGAUGAUCUGGUUUGGAGAGAGUGGCUAUAUUGACGGGCCGGUUCUGAAAACGUUCCACACUAACCUGGUGGUUCUGCCCGCCAUGAUGGAAUACAUGCAGUACACCUUCAUUGGUCUGGGUCUAGCCACCAUUCUAGGGGCCAUCGUCCUCAAGACACGGGACAAGAGUCGGACCACUUCAUUGGCUAACUUGACGGACAACAUAAAUGACCCCAAAGGCUACUCGAAUGGCAGGGAGAGGCAGGCGGACUUGUAUAUCAUAAACAACGCAGGUGGGUGUCCUCUGCUGCCCACACCAGACAGCCCCUCUCCUGAACUUAGUGGUAUGGAGUGAAGCUGCCUUUAACUCCAGCCACACACACACACACACACACACACACACACACACACAC